AUGAAUUUUUUGACCAUUUUCCAUAGUAAAACACCAUCUGCACCUCCGAAAGAAAAGAAAAAGCUCUCUAGCGCAAUUCCUAAAACCGAUGGUGACUUGUUUACUCUAAAUACUUCCAAGCAGCCAAUAAUCACUCUUUUAAAGAGCCAAAGCGACGAAGACAAGCUUAAAGGACUCAAAGCUGUAGUUGCUAUGAUAAUUACACGAAAAGAUCCAGCACCCUUUAUGCCUUAUAUAGUGAACAUGAUAACAACUGAUUUUAAGAUGAAGAAGCUUGCUUAUUAUUACUUGAUCAACUGCUGCCACAUAUGCAGCAAUGAAAUUUUGAUGUCAAUCAAUUCAUUUCAUAAAGACUUAAUUGAUCAGAGAGCACUGAUCAGGGCUUCAGCGCUCAGAGCAAUUUCAAGCUUAAAAAUUGAUGAAAUCAUGCCAAUUAUGCUGAUGUCAGUACAAAGGACAGUAGCUGAUUUUUCUGUAUACGUGAGAAGAGCUUCUGCGUAUGCGCUCAUUAAGCUUGUCCAUUGGGAUGAAAAUAAUAAAGAAAAUGUCAUUGUGCUGCUUGGAAAGCUAUUAGAUGAUGUAAAUCCAUUGAUUCUUGGCCCUGCAUUUUAUGCAUUUAAUUACAUUUGUCCUGAAAGACUUGAUUUAAUUCAUCCGAGAUUCAGAAGAAUUUGUAGAGAAAUCGAGACAAUUGAACCGAUUUUCAUACCAAAUCUGGUGCAGGUGCUGUUAAGAUAUGCAAGGUUUUAUUUGGAUAAAAAGUUUGUCAAUGAAAAUGAGAAAACAGACCAAGAUUUCAAGCUAUGUUUAGACUCGCUAGCAGGGCUCUUGUAUUUCGAGAAUCCACCAGUUUUAAUUGCAGCUGCUGAAGCGUUUUUGCUAUUAGAAUAUGAAGCAAGAUACCAAAAUGUAGUUAACGCUCUAUUAAGUUUUAAACAUCAAGCCCAUGAUUCAGCAUAUUUAAUGAUUUCUUUGCUGGAAGAAUAUGCCAAAAAGGCACCAAAAUUGUUUAAUCAUUGCACAAGCUAUUUUUUCUUGAAUAAUGGGGAACAUAAAAACAUAGCGCUGAAGAAGUUAAAAAUUUUAGGAUAUAUUGUAUCUGAAACAACAGUUUCUUCAAUAUUAAAAGAGCUAAAUGUAUAUGCUCAUAAUGAAUCUGAAGAGAUAUCUUCCACAAGCAUAUCAAUAAUAGGGAAAAUUGUGGAGAAGAACCCAUCAUUCUCAGAGCCUUGCACUAAACAUUUGGUUUUGCUAUUAAAAUCCCAUUCUCCACUUAUAACAGCUCAAGUCAUUAUUGUCCUGAGGAGGCUGAUCACACAAAAUCCAUCAAAGCAUAGGAAAAUAAUUGUCCACUGUGCAAGGAUUGUAGAGCUGCUUCAAAACCCUAUUGCUAAAGCUAGCGCAAUUUGAAUCAUUGGCAGGUAUUAUUCGAUUAUCCCAACCCUGGCUGCGGAUUGCAUUCGAAAACUUACACUAAACUUUACAAAAGAGCUUUCUCCAGUAAAGCACCAAAUUAUUAAUUCUGCUGUCAAAAUGUAUACAGAAGCUCAAUCCCCUAUAAAAGACAGGCUUAGAGAAAUUUUGUGUCAUUUAAUAGAGCUGGCUAGCUAUGAUUCCAGUUAUGACUUAAGAGAUAAGGCAAGGCUUCUUUCGAUAAUUUUUAAGGAAAGAGAAAUUUCUUGCUUAGAAAGUAAAGAACUUUUUAAAAAUAAUGGGGAUAUGAUUGCUGUAGAUAUUUCUGAAUCUGCUUAUUUUCCUGUUACAAUUUCGUAUCUUUUAGGGAAAAAAGUUAAUGGGUAUUCAAAGUAUUGGGAAGAUUUAACAAAUAAAGAAAAAUUGAUUGAAACUAUUAGCGAAGACUCAUCUGGAUUUAGAGAUACAGAAACAAUGCCGACUCUUAGGGUUGAAUCUGCUAAGCAUUACUCAAGUGAUGACAUUCCAAAAAUUGGAGGAAGUGGGAUGGCGGUAAGGGUCAAAAUAAACAACCCGAACGAUUUAGAAGAAUUCUUAGCCUCAAGUGAAGAAGAAUAUGAAGAAGGCUCUGAUGAAGAUGCUGAAGAAGAUAUUGAAUAA